AUGGAGGUUAUAAUCCAGGUACGAUCCGGCGCCUCAAUGGCAACAGCGCAACAGCGCAGCAAUGAUCUCUUGAGAGCGAGUGUGGUUCAAAGAGAGAUGUGUAGGAGAAUGUCCCCAGUGUUAUCGACUAUCCAGGAGAUAUUUUUGGUGCAGAAUUUGAUUGGAGGUGCCAAUGAUGCGGGCUGUGAAAGGGCGACUUAG